AUCGAGUUCCGCACUGCGGCUCCUCUCCUCGCUCUCGGUUACUCUAAAAGGCUCACCUCCGUUCUCCUCCUCAACUGCACACCCUACAUACUCUCAUCUCGUACACAACCUCGAUAAUGGCGAACCGCAUCAACACCAUCGGCGGCCACCUCGGUCCCUCGACCGGCAACUCGCGCGUCGACCGCCUCACUGCCAAGCACGCCGAUGACAUCGUCGUGACAUGCGCGAAGCGUACUGCCCUCGGCAAGGCGCGCAAGGGCGGCUUCUCAAAGUGCUCUUCCGACGAGCUCCUCAUCGCGACUCUCAAGGCCGCGAAGAAGGACAUUGGCAUCGACCCCGCCCUCGUCGAGGACAUUGUCAUCGGCACUGUGCUGACCCCUGGCGCACCAUACGCAGGGCGUGCGGCGUCGCUCACUGCUGGGUUCCCCGAGACCACUCCCGUGCAGAUCAUCAACCGCUUUUGCUCAUCCGGCCUGAUGGCGGUACAGGCGAUCGCGAACGAGAUCCGGAACGGGGAGAUUGACAUCGGCCUCGCAGUCGGGUUUGAGCACAUGACCUCGAACCCGGACGACGGUGCGCCCAAGCUCGCGGCCGAGACGAUGGCGCUGCCGAUGGGCCAGGACUGUGCCAAGCCCAUGGGUUGGACGUCUGAGCAGGUGGCUGGCGAGUUCAACAUCUCGCGCGAGGACAUGGACGCGUGGGCCGCGCAGUCGCACAACCGCGCCGAGGCGGCGCAGAAGGCGGGCGUGUUCGCCGACGAGAUCGCUCCCGUAACCAUCAAUGGUGCGGUUGUCGACACGGAUGACGGGAUCCGGCCGGGCACGACGCCCGAGAAGCUCGCCAAGCUGCGCGGCGCGUUCGCUCAGUGGCCUCCAUCGCAGACCACAGGCGGCAACGCGUCUCAGAUCACCGACGGUGGCGCCUACGUCCUCCUCAUGACCCGGCGGCGGGCUGAGGAGCUCGGCUUGCCGAUUCUGGCCAAGCACGUCGCAACGACCUCGAUCGGCCUCGCGCCUCGCAUCAUGGGCAUUGGGCCCUCCAUCGCCAUCCCUGCCAUCCUCAAGCGCACAGGGCUGACGGUCGACGACGUCGACAUGUUCGAGAUCAAUGAAGCCUUCUCCUCCAUGAUGGUUUACUGUGUUAAGAAGCUUGGCCUUGACCCUGCCAAGGUCAACGUCAACGGCGGCGCCAUCGCGUUCGGGCAUCCCCUCGGGUGCACGGGUGCGCGCCAAGUCGCGACGGGUCUCAACGCCAUCAAGCGCACACACGGCAAGAUCCUCGUUACUUCCAUGUGCAUCGGUCUCGGCAUGGGCGCCGCCGCCGUGUGGGUCAACGAGCAGGAGUAGAUGUAUGUAAGCAGUCGGCGAUGAAUUGCAUGGG